AUGAGAGAUUACAACAGGAUAAAAAAUAAAUUUGGUAACAAAAUUGGGAUUUGGUGUGACAGAAAACUCGAAAAACGACAAGCUGCAUCAUCUUGCUCAGCAAACACUGAUGAUAAGUUUAGAUGUUUAAAUGGACUGUGUAUCGAAUGGCCGUUGGUUUGUAAUGGUCCUAAGGAUUGUUCCGAUGGUUCAGAUGAGACCAAAGAAUUGUGUGCUAUAUACGAGAUUGGAACAAAUAUGGCCAUGGAUUGUGGUAGAUUAAAUAUAAAAAACCAAGUAAUAUCCGAAGAUGGUAAUCUAUCAUUUGCUGAUCAAUCAUUUGCUGAAGUAUCACCCUGGACAGUUGCAAUAUAUCGAAAUACUUCUGAAUUGAAAUUUAUUUUAUUUGGAACAAUUAUUGCUCCAAAUAUAGUCAUUUCUAUGGCUGAAGGUUUACGGCAUUACGGGAUAAAUUCUAAGCAAACAUCAAUAAACGAUGGUCAAUUCAUAGUUGGUGGUUUUCCAUUAAAACUAAGAAUGAUUGACCCAGUUAAACAUGUAAUCAAUGUAACAAUGAUUUACAUGGUUGGAGAUUAUAAUAAAAGUUAUAAUUCGAAAUCUCCAGAUUUGUCAGUUUUAGUGCUAGCAAACAAAAUUUCGUUUGGUUAUGGUUAUGAACCUAUUUGUAUCGAUUGGCAUAGUAAAUAUAAUGUGCGGAAUGAAGCUCAAAUAAAGAUUGUUGGAGUUGUAAAACGGCCAAAUCAUAAAACGAAUAAAUUGCAAGCAACAAUAGGAUUUUUCCCAUACAUCGAUAACAGUACUUGUCUAAAAUUAUUUGAUGAACGCUUUUAUUCAGAUUUGGUGAAUUAUGAUAAGAUUUGUAUCAGAUUGACGGAUCAAGAUGCAGAUUAUAGAAUUCCCGGAUUAGACAUAAGCUUUUUACACUUAAAUACUUAUUUUUUAACCGGAGUAUUAAUAUUAGAAGAUCGCCAAUUCAAAGACAAAUUAAUAAAAAACACAUUUAUAGGUAUAACAGACAUAAAAUACUAUAUUGAGUGGAUACGUGGAAUUUUAAACAAACAUGUCACAGUGAAUUCAUGCGUCUUACCAACGGUUGAAGGAGUUAUAUAUUCAUACGAAGAUUCUAAUGAAAUAUUAUCGCACGGGACAUUAAUAGAUCGUCACAUUAAUGUUGUUGAGGAUUGUGGGGUUGGAUAUCACAAGGAUUUCCCCCAUAGUAAUAGGUAUUGUCGUGGAAGAGGAAAAUGGUUAGCGAAUCCUUAUAAAUUGUGUUUAAAAAUGUGUCAACCUCUAGAAUCAGAUAGCUUAGAUAUUGAAUGUAGGCAUAAUGGUAAAUAUGCUAAUUGUUCAAACUUAUCUAUACCCAAAACAACAGCAAAACCAUCAUGUAAGCCAUCAUAUACUCCACCAUAUGGACAACCAGAUGGUCUGCUAGAAUUAGUUUGUCAAUCUAAUGGAACGUGGGACAAACAACUAUAUAGAUGCAUUCCAACUUGCGGUAAAGUUUAUGACAUGAGUGAACCAUUGAUAUUCAAUGGUACAAAAGCACCUCUUGGAGCAGCACCUUGGAAUGUGGGAGUAUAUGAAUUUAAAAAAGGAAGUUCCAACUAUAAAUUGAUUUGUGGAGGAACAAUUAUUUCUCCGAAUCUAGUCGUUUCUGCGGCUCAUUGUUUUUCGUCAGACGGUAAGCUUAGAAAAAUAAAGAUAAACGACGGACAGUACAAAAUUGCUGUUGGAAAAUAUGAUAAAAACUUAACGAUUAAUGACAAUGAAUAUACUAAAAUAAUUAAUGUGGAAAUGGUUUACGUGAAUGAACAUUUUUAUGGGCCUUCUGGGUUUCUAUUUGGAGAUAUAGCUAUUGUACAGUUACAAAAUAGAGUUUCUUUUAGUAGUUUUGUCGCACCAGUUUGUGUCGAUUGGAAAGGUGAACACAACGAACACGAUGGAGAUGUUGGAAAGAUUGCUGGUUGGGGAAAAACGGAGAAAGGCUUUCUAAGUCCUAUUUUAUUAGAAGCAUCUUUACAGUACAUUGAUUAUAGUUCUUGCCGGAAUAUGUAUAGAAACGGAUUUGAAUCAUAUGUGACUGCCGAUAAGUUGUGUGCCGGUUCUGAAUUAGGACAAGAAUUGGGUUACGGAGAUAGUGGUGCUGGCUUAUGCUUUUUCCACUCUAAUGCUUAUUAUUUAACUGGAGUAGCGUGCACCAAAGAUUUAAAUUCAACUAAUACCAUCUCAGUUUUUACAAAUGUCGAGUACUACAUUGAGUGGAUUCGUGAACUGUAUAAUAAACAUAACUAA